AUGUAUAUACUAUUGGCCGUAUGUUCCAUUCACGGAAUCCAAAGGUAUACUGAUGAAAAGCUAACUACGCAAGCUGGUCUAUAUUUCGAAAAUCAAGGUCCGCUGAAAAUAAUGACGACGCAGUGGAACAUAAUAGCGUCCUUUGAUAUAUCACAUUUUUACGAAAGGAAAAAUGUGAUAGACUCAUAUUUAGAUGCAACUAAUAAAUUAUGUAUAUUUUUAAAAGAGCGGAAUAUCACCCAAACUAAUUGCGAAGUUAUCUUAUCAUUAGCUAAAUACGUCGCGUAUCUCGCGGACGGAAAAAAAAAUGUAAUAUACGAGUCUAUAGGUCAUUCACAUAAAAAAAGGAGGGGUUUCCCGUUUAAAGCAAUAACCAAGGCAGCUCAGAUUCUGUUUGGGUUAUGUGAUCAAUUCUGCGUUUUGCAUCACAACGCGAAUGUAAAAAAAUUGAUAGAUGCGAAUACCUCAGAGAUAAACGACAUAGGGAAACAAUUGAGGGUUAUCAAACUUCAGGACGAACAUGAUAAGGGACCCGACGUUCUAAUUGAUUUAGGCGAUGCAAUAAAACAGCUGACAAAUAUGACGAACGAACUCAACAUGAAAAGCUAUCUAGCUUAUCAUUUUUUUCCAGACGAGCCUCGUCUUACAAUUAUAUUUAUCUGA